GAAGCUCAGUCGGUCGUCGCAUACAGCACCUGCUCGGUCACACACGCACAGCCGUUUUUACCGCAGUGCAUCUGCAGCAUCCCCUGAGCGGAGAGACAGCGGUGCCGCUGUGGCGCAGGAGAAAACACCGUUCACUGAGCACGGGACGUGUUUAUUGUCCCCAAAAAAAAAAAAAAUUGUUUUGUUUUUUUUUUUUGCUCUUUUGCGUGUUUGUGUGCGUGCGCGCGUGCGUGUGUGCGCGAGGCUUUUUAUCCUCGCGCAGUUUUAUCUGAAAUGCCAACACGACCGAAGCAUCUCUCCCACGAGCACGGGCUCAGUAGAUAGGUGAGAUUACGAAGUCUUUCCACGUUCGGCUGCCAUCGCAGCUACAGGACAGCAUUUUUAUUUUUUUAUUUUUUAUUUUUUUUUAUUUUUUUCCCCCCCGAAGGGACACGACUCAGCUCGAGGAGAGGAGGCAUCUCAUUCGGGACAGUAAGCUCUGAUUUCAGUGUUGCGAUCAAGGGUAAUUGUUGUUUUUUUCUUUUUUUAGGACCGUUAGACUGGUCUUUACCGCUGGUAGCGCGUAGCCUGCGAGAGGUAGCCAUUCGGUUCCUGCCACGGAGCACCGCAAAAUUAAUUGGGCACCGGGGCAUGUAAGUGUAUCGUAGACGUUUCAGUCAGUAGCUGGCAUGUUGCACAUUCUUUAAACGCACCUACAUCGCGAUUUCGCCAACGUGAGGGAGCAGGGCAUGUGGCCCCGGGCAGGUCUCACGGUCGCGCCGCGCAUCCCGCACUAGGACCUCAGGAACAAAGCUCAUCAAAUCUCAGGGUGUCGGUCCGGGCAACACUGUGAGUCACCGGGCGCCCGGGCAGUUUCGCGUGCCGCCCGGCGGCGAUAAAGCAGAGAGCCCCCCCGCUCGAGUGCGUUAGUCCGGUCAGAGAUAAACUGGGGGCGGCAAUAAUUUGUGGCAAUAAAAUUCCCGCAGCCGGCAGGAAACGGUCGCUGGCUUGAGCCAAAGAACCGAGACACCGACAGGGGGCUGUUAGGACAUCAUAAACAAAUUUAGGUGUAUAUCGGAGGCCUGUAGACAGAUACAGUUUUUUUUUUUGUUGCACUUUACAAUGCAUGAUUAGCCGCUAGCUGCCGGGCACGUACAGGUGACAUUAGCCUGCACUUUACUGGCGCACAGCUUCUGUGAAAUUUACAGAUAAGCUCCAAUCUUCUUAAAACAUAGAAGACAAACCUCUUGCAAAUAUCCACUCAGUUGUUACGAACUUGGAGGUGCUCGGUUUACGAGUGUAAUAGGGGUCAUUAGAGGCUUCAAGCCACAAUCUUUGGGAGCUCUAGUGCUAAAAAAGGCCGUACUCUUCGAGGAGCCUAGUCCAGGAAAACAUCCAGUCUAACAUCCGGUGACAUGGCAGCAUCACACCUACUGCUCCUUUCUCUGCUCUGCACGCUGCUCGUGGCCCAGUGUCAUGGGGCCUGUGCAGAGGUGGACUCUGACACAGAGGCGGUGGCGGGCAAGGGCUUCAAGCUGGGCUGCAUCUCCUGCAAGAAGAGAAGCGAGGUGGACGGCAGUGCCUCUGUCGUAUGGUACUUCAGGGCCAACGGAGAGGCUGACUUUAUUCAUAUCUACACCUAUAACGAGUACGGCGCCACCAUCGAAAGCGAACAGUUUUCGGAUCGUGUGGACUGGAACGGGAGCAAGAGGAGCAACGACAUCCAAGACGCGUCCAUAUACCUGCUCAACGUCACCUUCAAUGACUCGGGCACCUACCGCUGCUUCUUCAACCGCGUCCUCUUCUACGACAACUAUGAGUACAACACCGUCGUCAGCAAGGUGGUCCACCUCACUGUGGUGGCGAAAGCCAGCAGAGGAACAGCUUCCAUCGUGUCAGAGGUCAUGAUGUAUGUGUCCAUCAUUGGCCUGCAGCUCUGGCUCCUCAUAGAGAUGAUAUACUGCUACCGAAAGAUAGCAGCAGCCGGGGAAGAAGCGCUACGAGAAGCCGCAAAUGCUGAAUAUUUAGCGAUAGCCUCGGAAAGUAAAGAUAACUGUGCAGGGGUGCAGGUCGGAGAAUAGCACAGGCUUCUUCCACGGACUGAAAACAUCCUUCCACCCUCUGACCUGCAUGAAGACAACUUGGGGAGAAAAGUCCUCCUCCUCUCAAGCCUCUGUUUUACCUUUUCCUUGACAAAGAUCACAAAUGGAUAUGACAUUCAAAGAGAGCAUGGUACCAGCACUGUAUAUAGUAUUCUGUGCCCCAAAGCAUGUUCUGCACUGCAAGUGAGAAACCAUUAUGCAUUAAUGAGCCACACGGUCAAAACCAUAUUCUAUACAUACAGUAUUUCUUAAAAUAUACGUAGUCAUACAUUUAUAUAAAACGUAAGCGGUACUAUGGGGGUCUGUUGGACUCCAUGGCGAUGAUUGUAGAAGAAAGGUUUUUACUAAAUCACCACCACCUAAUGUAUAAAUAAUGAGACACACAACAUGUAUGGUAAAGUUAUUUAUAAAAUAGAAUGUAACGGGACUAUGAUAGACGAUCUUUCCAGUUGCUAGUUGUACACUGAAACCUUAAGAUGUACUAAUAAAAUCUGAGGAAAAUUCACGA